UGAAUACGGUUCGUUUUUAUCCAUCGUCAACAAUCAUUUCAAAAGCCAAUAGGAGAGCAAAAGAGCGAUAUGGUUUCGGUCUACUCUACAUUAAAUGAAUAUAAAAAUUUGUGAAGUGUUUGGACUUUCUCUGCGUUUAUUUUUUGUUUUCUAUCUUUAAAUAUAGACUUUUUUCUCGAGUGCCAAUGAAUGCAUUUGGAAUAUGCGAUUUUUUUCAUGAACGAUUUUUUUUGCGCGGUUGAAAUUUUUUUGCGUGAUAGUGAAUCUGCAUAAUACAUUGGAGGAACUUUAAAAAAAGUGAAUCCCUUUUGGGCUCCCAUAGACUAGAUAAUAGGAAAGAGACAAAAAAAAUCUCAUUUUGUGUGAAUCAUUGAAAAGACCAAGACCAAUUCCACGAAAUCGAAAAAGAGUUGCCGACUCCAAAAAUGGAAAAAAAUCGCCAAAAAAAUUCUGAGCGCAUAUCAACAUCGGGUUACAUGUUGUGCUAAAACUCGCUGAGACUACACAAAAACAGCAACGGAACCCAUCGACCUUGUGAAUUAAGUCAAACAGACUACUCGUAUACAUUAUUAACGACGUGCUCACAUUAUAUUAAAGCUGUUGAGAAAAAAAUUGCAAUUAUAAUGAUAUCAAAAGAAAUGUUAAAAGUAAAAUCAUAAAAGAAAUUUAUCGAUUCAAGUAUUUUCACACAAAAAAAAACAACAACAUUGUAACGUGUUUUGCGUGCAUCGAACGCUGGCGAGCGCUUAUCAAAUAAGAAUUUUCAAAGAUAAUUCAUUUGACGGCAUUUGUGUACGGUGAAAAUUUGUUGGAAACGGAACCCUGUGUAUAUGACAGAGUGUGUAACUGAAUAAAUCCAAAUUAAAAGUGACAAAACACGUUGAAGAAAAUAUAGCCAGCCAAAAAUUAAGAGAAUCUAACGGUGAAAAAAAACGUAAUAUAAACAAACAAAAAAACGACGAAAAAAGUGCGAAUAAAUUAAGUGACGAUUUUAUUGUGUCAUCAUUUAGAUUUAUCGCUUAAAUUAAAACUCGAAAAUCAGAGCAAGAGAGAGACAGAAAGAAAUAGGAACAAACGAAAAGUGAUACGAAACAUUGAACUGUGUUGAACGUGUGUAAAUCGGUGCAAAUAAAGAAAUAUCUCAGUUGCCGCGUAACACAAUUUGUUUGAAUCAUCGCCAAAAUACGGAAACGGCAUAGACACGCAUAAGAGAGCACGCAAAUGGAAAGCAGAUUAUGGAUUUUGGUGAAAAAUCGAAACGCGUAUGAACGACAUCAAAUGUGGCAGCAUUUCCAAUCGAAAAAAGCGUUCAAAUGCAAUGCAAAUACGAUGAGGAAUUAGAUGAAAGCCGAACUGAGCCAAAUCGGUCAUCGAAAAAGCAGUUUGUCGUUAUAAGCUGCAUCGAUUCGUUUAUCUCAAAUUCGUUGUCAUCAUCAAAACGAUUUUGUCGAUGAUAUCGUUAUUAUCGUGGUGGUUUGGCAAUGCGCUUGUAUUGGCUGUGGUCGUCGUCGCCAAAAUUCAAGCCCAAAAUGUACAAUUGUCAGCAUUUAAAAAUGCCGAAUUACCGGUUGUGGCUGGCGAUGGAGUCAAAUCGACAACAUCGGCAACUGUAUGCGGUGGUAUGCUUACAGCAACACAAGGUGUCAUUCAAACGCCAAACUUUCCCGAUAAGUUUCCGGUACCGAUUCAAUGCACAUGGAUCAUUGAUGCAUCGUCUAUUAAUAAGAAGAAUGUUUCAAUAAUUGUCUAUUUGACACAACAGUUUGUGUUGAGCGAUUUAAAAUUCACCGAAUACGAUUACUAUAGCGACGACAUAAAAGUGAAAAGUGAACAUGCACCAUUCGAAUUGCAUGAACAUAAUUUAACACAAGUUACAAGGGUACAAUUUUACAGUCAGUAUGUCGAAAUCAAAUUCACCAUGGACAAUUUAUAUGGAACACAUUUACGAGCAUUGGACCGUUUGCUCGAUGUGUACGGUUUCAAUAUCACAUACGAAAUAGACGAAAUCGUUAAGCCAAAACCGUGCAAUGCCCUAUUGUGCCGUUAUCUGGGCCAUUGCUAUGCAACCAGCGACUUUUCGUCGUAUUAUUGUUCAUGUUUUCCGGGUUUCAGCGGCAAUGAUUGUGGAGUGGGCCCAUUAUGUUAUGACGGAGACAAAAACUUUUGCGAAAAUGGUGGCAUUUGCAAGCAAAUUGGAGACGCAGGUGUAAUGUGUAUAUGUCCAAAAGGCUUCAAAGGCAAAAAGUGCCAAAUACCGGAAGACGAGGAUAUAAAUGGUUGUUUUUCGGACGAAAAAGACUGUGAUAGUCAUUGCCAAUUCAGUGGACCCGAACAGGAUUUCUGUAAAUGCACCCAAAGCAAAUCCGUAUCAAAUCGUGAACGCACCAGAUACGAGGCAACCGUACGUUUGGGAAAUGCAUCACAAUUUUCACAGAACGACAAUCGCAACGAUAGACGACGACUGAACGAGUAUCUACCAACUGUUCUCGAAAAGCAAGUAAAUCGCUAUUUGCGAAACUCAAACGUUCAACCGGUCGAAGGUUUGGAGGUGGUAGCCACAUCUACAUCCAAUGCGGCAAUGAAAAUUCAAUUUAUGGGCGCAAACCAAGAUUCGAAUCGUAUUCGUGAAGCGAUUUACAAAAUGGUUGAACGUGGCCGAGUGAACAACAUCACAUUGAUACCGUCAUCAUUAACAUUUCGCGAAGAAGCCGUACUCCAAAUUGAGUCGGUUAAUGUAAAUUACAAAACGGCCGUUCGACACAAUGAUGAAUUCAUUUUAUCGUGCGAAGCAAAAGGAUCACCGAAAAUGGUUUUUCGAUGGUAUAAAAAUGGUGUCUAUGUCAAUCAAACCAAAGCAACCAGGAAAAUAUGGUCACGCGUACACGAGAAUUCGCCGUCAAAAGAUCACUAUACAGCAUUUCUCGGUAUUCCGCGUGCAAGUCCACUGGAUGAAGGAACAUAUACAUGCACGGUGUUCGACUAUGGUUUGCAACAAUGCCGUUCAACAAUCGUACAGGUUUCAUCGAAACCAGAGCUUCGACUUGAUCCACCCAGUGCAACGGUUUAUCGUGGUGAUUCGAUUCGCAUACGAUGUUUAUCGAGUGAUAUUGAUCAAAGUAAUGGUUACAGUUGGACCAAAAAUAAUGCGCUCUUUCAAUCGGAUGCGGACACAGAAUUAUGGGAAGAUUUAUAUCCCGAUGGGAGUAUAUUGAAAAUAAAUAAUAUUCAGAAAUCGGCAAACUAUACAUGCGUCUCAUCAAAUUCCGUGGGUCAAGUGUCGAAGAGUGUUUAUGUAUACGUGGUGGAUCGUGGUGUCAUUGAACUAUGUGCAAAUGAAUCGUUGUUCGGUGUUAAUUGGCCAGCCAGUCCGCCCGGUUCCCCCAUUUCGGCCGAAUGCCCAAAACGAUAUGAGGGUCAGUCGCAACGGAUAUGCGAACUAAAAGAUACUGGCAAACCUGAAUGGCUUACGCCAAACUUUUCGGGAUGCUCAGCAGACACAUUAGUCGAUGUGUAUAAUGAGUUUCGAGGUCUUACGUUUGGUUAUCAAAAAACGAAUGGAUCAGCUGUAUUAAAAUCAUGUUUAGAAUAUGCAAUGAGCCGACAUACAAAUUUUCUUCCGGGCGAAGCUGGAUUUUUGCUGAAAAUACUUCUCAAGGUCGAUGAAUAUUUAACGGAACGCGGUAGUGAAGUGGAGCAAGAGAUCGCAGCCGAUUUAACAUUGCAAAUUUUGGACGUGGUUCUGAAAAGCGAGCACUCACUGAACAGUCAACAGCAAGUGGAAGAUUUGCAGAAGCUCGUAAAAUUGGCAACAUUGAAACGUGAACUGAUUACAUCAGCACCGGUGCCAGCACCUUCAACAUCUUUACACUACCAUCAAACCGGUUCGUUUUGGACACACAAAGAACGUAUCAAAUCGUUACCAUUUAGUUCACAGUUUUAUGGUGACCAUAUGUUUUCGGAUCAACUGUACAUGGAGAUGGCGCUAAUGCCACAACUACAGGAAAUUGUUACCAACGGCUCAAUGGUAUUAUCCGUCAUCUCGUAUAAAAACCUUACGAAUUUUCUGCCCCGAAUGUAUUUCGAGCGUAAUACUGAUACACCGGAUGUUGAUUAUAUGACUGCGUCACGUGUAAUCGCCUCAUGGUUAGUUUCGGCAAAUCGUACGCUAAACGAAGCCAUUGUACCCACAUCACAAUUACUGUAUCUAACAAUGUCCGAAGCACACGUACAGAUUACAUUCCAACAUGAAAAUCCACCCGAUUCGGAAUGGGUUCCAGUUUGUGGAUAUGAUUUGACUUACAAGGCAACUUGGAACACCGAUUUAUGCAUCACUGAACAUAUAAUGAACAACGUGACUCGAUGCAUAUGCCCACUAUCCGGAACUUAUGUGGUUUUAAUGGCCAAACGAAAUUUUAACUCGACAACGGUUCACACUCCACAGCAUCCAGUGUUCGUUGUUGUCAGCUGCGCGUGUUGUUUUCUUCAAUCAUGCAUUGCGUUUGGCAUUUUACUACCCAUUUUAUGCAGUCGACAAUGUUCGGUGACAUUUUUGAAAAUGCAAUUUUGCACAGCCACAUCAACUGCGAUGGCGAUAUUCGCUUUGGGAUUUUUAAAAAUUUUACCACAACAAUGGUAUGGUGUUAUUAGUACGACGUUGGGCGGAUUUCUGUUGCUCGGUUCAUCAACAUUGAUUGCCAUAACGAUGAUUAUUGAUUCGGAACUGGGACCACGCAAGAGUCCGGCCGCUCAUUUAUCAUCCGGUAUGCGAGGUGCCAUCGGACUCAGUUGGUUUAUGCCCAUUUUAUAUGCAGUAACCACCCUGCUGAUUUACACUGUAAUGAGCGAAUGGCCGGCCAAUUGGUGGAUGGCUGUGGAUUCAAUCGGUUUUGCAUUGUUUGUCAUCAUCGAAACUCUAUUUGUGAUAUUAUUUUCAUUAUUAUUUUACACAUUAUUGCAUAAGCUUAACUUUUUAGCCAAAAAACAUGACAAACACGGGAUUCUAUUAGCAAAACGAAUUGGUCUUGUCUAUCGAAUCACAUGUCUUUUAGUAUUAAAAAUAUCAACGGAUAUUCUGUAUUUAAUGUAUUCCAAUUCAAGUGAUGUUUUGUUUAGUUACAUUUUCGGUGCGCUGAAUAUUUGUUUGGGUUUCACUUUACUGUUUUGCUUUGUUAUAAAAGCUGAAACAAAACUGAAAUCGGAUGUGAUGAACAAAAGCAACAGCAAACAAAUUAUCGAAGACUAUUGUUCGGGUUCCAUCAAUAGUCCUUUGAACUUUUAUACAAAUCAUGAAAUAGAAAAAGAGAAUGAUUGUUCUGUGCCACCAUCAACACAAUCAUCAACAAAGAAAUUACCGUUAGCAAUAACAACGCGACGUUAUCCAUUGGAUCGUUUACAAACAACGACAAAUAUUACUGAUCCGUAUAUAACAACUGGUGGUUUAUGUGAAACAACAUUUUUAGAAUUAAACGAUCCGUCGGCCAAUUUAGAUGUAAAUUUUAUCGAAUUCAAACAACAUCCAAAUCAGCAACAGCAACAACCAACGCAACAACCAACACUAUCGACACAACCAUCACAAUAUCCAUCACUGUUGGAUGCCAACGGCGGCUAUGAAAUGGAAAUCGUGCCAACGGAUUUAAGUUUAUAUGGUAGCAGUUGUAAACCAUCACAAGGAAAAUGCUAUUUAAGCGAUACCAACGAUUUUGUUGGUGUUGGCAGUUUAGACAUUUUACAAGGAGUAAGACAAGAUAGCAUAAUAGGCAUUCGUAGUAAUUAUAAUGUGAACGAUCAAAUGGUUAAUCCUGAUAUAGGCGCAAGCAAUUUAUCAGCCCAUGUUCCAUCCACGUCAAAUGUAACGGCGGUUACUGAUGGUGGUGCUGGUAUGCAUUCGUAUGUCAAUCAAAAUCAAAUGCAAUUCGAUAAGAAACAGGAGAAAUCACCUCAAAAGAUAUUGGAAUCGGUGAAUGUACAUGCGGUCGACACCACACAACCAGCAUCGACAACAACAAAAGUGACAACAUCACAGCCGCCAACGAUAACCGUUACACCAACAGACGAUCCGGACAAAAGUAUUGACGGUAUGCUUGAUCGAAUUUCACACGAUUUGGAUUAUCUGUUGAAUCGAAUGGCUGACAUUCCACCAGCACCACCACCUCCAACAGCACCAGCUCCAAAUCGCAGUGUACACGAAGUCAUCCUCGAAGAAGACCCUGAAGAUUUGUAAAAACAAACACACCCUAUACACCUACCCUACAUGCACUAAAAUUGUACAGAUUUUCUCCAUCCAUGGAUAGAGAAUAUUUUCUAUUAAAAACACACAUACACACACAUUCAUUUUUCUAUAUAGACUCUCUGUGUGGAAAUAUGAAUUGAUUUUAUUAACAUUUAGAUAGGAUUAUUCUAAUUGAAUUUACUAUUCCAGUGCUGAACAGAUAGCAGCCGAUAAUUUUUUUUUUUCAAUCAAAUUGAAUGUAUAAAUUAAGCUAUCGUAUACUUCGUUAAGUGAAUGCAAGGAGAGACCAUUUCAGAGAUUUCAUAGCAGGACAAAUAUUGUUUUUCUUUUCGAAUGUUAUAUUCUAUAUAUAUUAUAGUAAAGUUAACACAAUUUUCAUACAUCUCCACUGUGCAUUUACCUUACGUUUUUAAGCUAUCCUAUCAAAAUUCCUUCAAUAUAUUCAAUGAAAAAAACUUUCAAACAAUGAUAUUGAUUAAAUUUAAACAAAUCUACCGAGAAUGGUUUCAUUUAUUCUUUGUUAUUUUUCGAAAUUAAUCAGAGAUUGAAUUCAAUGCUGAAUCUGACAUUUGGUGUGUAUAUGAGAAAUGGCAAAUUGAAAUCAAUCCAUGAAAUUCGGAUCGGUUAUUUUGUUUGUGUAAUAUGAUUUUCUGCAUAUGAAGCUAAUUGAAUUCAAUCAAAUUUCAAUUUGCCAAAUGAAAACAUGAAAUUGAUUUGAGCCAUUCUAUCAAUUAGUUUUCGGUCAAAUAACAUGAAUUGAAUAAAAACGUUUCCCAUUUUUCGGACGAUAUAAACAAUCGACACUUUGGGGAAUACAAAUCAAUCCCUCAAUCGGAGUCCCCAAUCAACCCAUGACCGAUAGUACUUCAUAUACCAGUUAUGAUAAAAAUCAAUUUCACAGUGCGCUUCGGUUGAGUGAUUGAUGAAUAAUUUUCACAAAAAAAUCAUAAUAACGAAUUAUUUCGAAUUAAGUAUAUUUUAUGUCAUUUCGUAAUGGAAAGCAUCACUUCAUUAAACACGAAUUAUAAUUGUAUCAAUUUUAUAUGAGCACUGUUUUUUCUAUCAACUGUUGUGAUUCGAAUGAAGACCAAUUCAAACGCAUUUUUUAUUGCAACAUCAACCGAUUUAAAAUUCGUUGAUUCGCCCAAUUGCAUUUAAAAUUGCUCAUAUUUUUGUGAUUUAUUCAAAAUGCAGUCAUCAAAGGGUAACUAAUUUAGUACAAUACUGGAACAAAUCACUCCCGCGCGGUUACCAGAGUAUUUACCGAAAAUUAUUUUUACUAAACGAACGUUUUUCCGAAAGUUCGGGAAUGUUUCCAAAAAGAUUUCCCAAAUUUUUUCCCAAAAUUAUUAUCGGCAAAUAUUCCGGCAUACCUCCCGCGCUGUAGAAUCAAUGUAACAAAGUAUUAUAAUUCCAAAUCUUUUUCUUUCGUUUUAAAAUUCAUCUUCUUUGAAAAAAAUCAAAGUCCUAUCUAUCACAACGUUGAAAUUGUAAAUAAACUUUAUCAAAAAAAAUGAAUUUAUGAGUGAAAAAAGAACGAAGUCAGAAAGAAAGGAGAAUUAGUCAGAAUUAAUGUAAUAGUCGAUUUCAACACCGACAAACUUAAUGUUUAUAUGCAUAAAUAUUGUAUCAUUUCUAUGUUCCAACAUUUAAUUGUUAAGAAAGAAAAACCAUUUACAUACUAGCCUAGGAAACCAAACGAAUGGAGAAAGACACUAAGUGAUUGAUAUAUAAAAAGAUGUUUAAAAUCAAACGUAAUUAAGAAUUCACAAUGACAUCAACAA